AUGGCUUAUCAGCACGGCCCCUAUGUUCGACUCUGGGGCAUCCGUCCGUCACAGUUGCCCUCAGAGAACGCGUCAGCACAGGAUCUCACUCCUUUACUCCGAUCAAUAUUGAACGAGGCAGUUCCUUUUGUCGGCACCGUACCACCGCAACCGCCGUCCUCGUCAUCAUCGGCCUCGUCGGGCAGAUCCAACCAAGGAACUGGAGAUGGACCUUGGAAGGCCAAGGGAUGCAGGGCGUUUCACCACUCAGCCGCGCCAGUGCACAUGUUUGAGCGGGUUGUCUCAGCUGAAGAGCUGAAAACGAUAGCCAAAGACCAGGACCUCCCCCAGGCGAGCAACGGCUCGAAAUUCAAGCCCGAAACCUGGAGUCUGAGACGAAGUGUUCACGAAGGAGCGAAGAAGGCCGGCACCGCAGACUGGGAGGAAUGGGCGCAGUGUUUCAAGGAGGGCCACGCAGACGCCGAGAUGAAGUUUACGCCCACGGUGAUGAGCCACACGCUGAAGAAGCAGUGGGAUUGCACGGGCGUAGAGAUCACGCUGGGAGGCGACGUGUACGAGAACCUCACGCUGAAGCUGGAGGAGUCGGUGCACAAGAUGCCUGCGCCGCUCAACAACCGCGCGUUUCCCGUUCUGCAGGUGACGGCGGCGGUGCGAGGACGGCGCGAGUUCAUCGUUGUUCAGAUCGCGGCGGUGCCGGAGACUCUCAGCAGCGAAGAGCCAAGGUCCGACGGCGCCCUGAGAGGCACGUACACGAGCGUGGAGCGCUUCAGGGAGGUGGACGAGCAAGGCAAUGUCGAGUGGCUGAUGGGGACGGUGUCGGAUGCGAGAGGCGUGCUGCCGGCGUGGAUCCAGAAGAUGGCGGUUCCGGGGCAGAUUGCCAAGGACGUGGACAUGUUUCUGGAGUGGAUUGCGAAGCAGCGAGAGGGGAAAUAG